CCCAUGUCCGAGCUCUACUGAAGAACAGAGGAAAGGCGUGAGGGUGGCAGAGGGAGGGGCUAUCAAAAGGAAGAAUUAAAGAUAAACUCGGGUGGAUUUAAGAAUGUUAUCGGUAUAGGUAGGAUAUCGGCUAUGUUGUUUUGCUCAUGUGACGUCUGGUGGGAGGCAGUGAGGUAAACGUCCGGGAUACAUAUACACACACAAACACACGGGCUGAACGGGAUGCCCGCGUGACUGCAGGGAGGAAAGAGGCGGCGGAGGAGGAGGAGUAGGAGGGGGGCCUAGGAGCGUGUAAACCACCGAAAAACCCCCGAGGUGGAGUUGUCAAAGAUCGAAACCUGCGAGGAAGGAUUCAUUUUAGUCCAUCUGCUGUUAUGGUGCAGUUUGAAAAUCGACUGAAGAUAUUUAAUUCCCGUUCACGUCGAGGUAAAUAGUCGCGAACGAACCGCUGUGAUCUUGGAGCUCUGGUCCAUCUUUUCCUUGACAGGAUGAGGAUCUAACAUAAGGUGGCGAGAAGGGAGCGCACAUGUUCGGAUUGUGCUCCUCCUGGGUGAACACGGACUGACUGGCUCAUGUCAUCACUGCUGGGGCUGAGUCAACGACAGACCAGCUGCUUUCUUUGAGAUGUUUAAGAAUUUGCGGCCUGCUCAGGUCUCCGGUUACCGCAAUGCCAGUGGUUAGAGGAGAGAGAGGUGGCAGGCAGAAGAUGGAGAGGAGGGAGCAUGAAAAAGCAAAUGAGUAUAACAAUAAUGUGAAGAUUGCAUCCAACUACCCCAUUUGUGUUGUGUGAUAAUCAGAGAAUGACUGAGCAGGAGAGUGGUACAGACCAUACUAUAGGCUAUAGUGGCCUGUGAACUGCAUGGGGUGAAAGAGACACUGCACUGGUUCUUAGUAUCUUGGCUGAAAGCUCAAAUGAGGCAAGUACGCAGGCUACCAGUGUUUAGAAAUUGCUUUCUGUUCACUUUCUGCUGUCAAAGUUCUUGGUCUCACUGAUCAGAUUACAGUGUGCACCAUGGAGCAUUGCGGAGCACCUAUGUCACCUGCCAUUGGAGAGCUUGGUACAUAAUAGUGACAGAGUGCCAGCAUUUAUGACUCUUUCUCUUAUGCUCUCCUGUGCUUCUACCCAUAUACCUGAGCUUUGCUUUGUGAAGCCAGAGUGAAAUCUUUCCCAGCCGCCUCGACACACAGACAAGCCCAACAUGCCUUCACCAUCAGACUCUAGCAGCGUGGCUUCAGCCUCAGGGUCUCGAGGCUGGUCGGACAGCCGCAGGGGGAUGUCGGGCCGUGCACCUGGUGGUGCACGCCUGCUCCUGUAUCUGGGGCUAUGCCACCUGGGCCUGGGGGCAAUGGUUCUGGCCUUCUCUUUCACCAGCAUGGCCUUCACCUCCUCAGCCCGCGUGAGGCAGUCCUGCCCAUUUUGGGCUGGCUUCUUUGUGGUGGCAUCAGGAAUAGUUGGAAUAAUCUCAUGGAGGAGACCUCUGACAUUGGUGGUGUCACUGUUCAUGCUGCUGUCUGCAGUCUGUGUGAUCCUCAGCCUGGCCGGCUCAAUGCUCUCCUGUCAGAAUGCACAGAUGGUCAAGUCCAUGCUCACCUGCCAGGUGGACAAUGGCCUGUGUGUAUGCUGCACGCCCACUCAGUCCUGCUCCAUCACAGAGGAGGAGACCCUGGUCCUCUACCUGAACGCUGACUGUCACUCACUCAGGCACCAGCUGACGGACCUUUUGUUCAGUGCUUGUGGUCUCAGCAUUCUCUCCACCAUCAUCUGUACUCUGUCCACUGUGACCUGCAGUAUCCACAUAUUCUCCCUGGACCUUGUGCACCUGCUGGCCCCACACCGUUCUCGUUCAGUUAACCCCGAAUGCACCACUCCUCAGGAUGCCUUCCUAACCAACAUCAUGGACUUUGAGGAGUUUGUCCCACCCAUCCCUCCACCCCCUUACUAUCCUCCUGAGUACACCUGCAGCUCUGAGACAGAUGCUCAGAGCAUCACCUAUAAUGGCUCAAUGGAGAGCCCCGUUCCCCUGUAUCCCACUGACUGCCCCCCUCCUUAUGAAGCUGUGAUGGGACAGAGAGCUGCCAGCCAGGCAACAAUGUUCGACCCGCAUGGCACUGAGCUGUCUGGAGAGAGAGGAACUUCUACUGGCUUCAGUGGAGAAGUGUCUAUGGACAGUGGAUCUCUGUUGAUGUCAGAGAUUGUGGACAUCCCUGAUGAUUCUUCCCCAUCAGAGGACUCAUGUCUGCUGGAGGUUGGGCUAAGGAACCAGGGGGAGAGGGACAACAGGAACACUGGUGAAAGGGGAGAUGGGGGUGAUGGAGGGGAACACAUCAGCUACUAUGGUCCUCGGUCUCAGACACCAGAGAGUCCUCUGGCAGGAGGACCAAGAGCCAGGCGCUUCCUCAGAGGAGAGAGGUCCAACUCCUGCUCUUCACCCAGCACAGCCACCACAACAUACAGGUCCCCAGUACUACGUCGCCAGGCCAUGUUAGCUAGUAGUAGUUGUUCCCAGCUGGAAGCAAUUGUGGCCUCCAACUCUCAACAACGAUCUUCAAUCCCCGAGAUUCGAGUUCGCCCCUCCACUCCCUCAGCUGUUCCUCCCACUUCAUUCUCCUCAGCUGCUCGUGAUCAAGGAGGUGGUCAAGGUAAUGGGCUGCCCCUCCCACAACAGCCACUGAGCCUCUGUCGAAGGGGAGGGAUGAGUGAGAAAAAUGGAGAAAGCGUAAGAAGGGACAGUGAGGGGUUCUUACGUCUUGUGAGGUCACACAGUGAGCCAGGCAUUGGCUCCUCCACUGAUACAGUUGACUUUGGCUCUAGAAGCAGUAAGGCAUCUACAGACACAGGUCCAUCCUCUGAGGCAUGUUUGUUGCCUCGGACCUCUUCGCCUCCUGCUGCAGCUUUGCCCAGGAAAUGCAGCAUGAAAUCAGUAGCCACAGGGGUGCAGGUGCCCCCUAAACCCCCACCCACCUCACCACUGCGUAUACCUAAAGACUGCCACCGUUCCCUCGGAGACCUUAAGGUGACUCGAGUUCUGGUGGCUCGUUUCCUGCAGCGCUCCAAACGCAACUUGGCUCCCUCCUCAGAGCAUCCUGGGAGCAUGGGACAGGGGCCUAAGAGACGUAGUGGAGCUGAUGGUGCUGCCACAAACCACCUACCCAUGGAGCAAGUGUUGCGGACCGCUUGGGGCACCAGCCGAGGGCACCCCAAUCAUCACUCUCGUCCUCAUCAUCGUGGACACCACCAUUCUCAUAGUGACAGUCGACACAACCGGCACUACAGUGAGCGGGCACCAGAGGGGAUCCACCUGCGCAGCUGUGGAGAUUUAAGCUCCUCGUCCUCAGCUUCACUACGUCGAUUAAUGACGCCUCAUCCGCCGCAUGGAUCUGCGGGAGCUCUCUACUCAGAGUCUGUGCUGUAAAGAGAAAAGGAGGGUGAAGAAAGGAUUGGGGAGGAAAACAGGAGGCAUACAAUUUAGUAAGGUGGUAAGGGGCAAAAAGCAUGCUGAUGAAACAGAGUAGUAUUGAAAUUUUCAAAGUUUUCCCUCCUUUUUCUCUUUGUCACCUCUGUUUCCUAAAGCCAACAGUGCACAUGGCCUUAUUCAGUGGUGCUCUUUAUCACUCUUAUCUUCAUCCCAGAGCUCACACUUAUUUCACUGUUCAAAAUCAGUGAAACUGUUUCCUGAUUCUUUCUGGCCAGUGUGGUAUUUCCACCAACAGAACAAGUCCAACAUUGGCUGAGACCAUCCUACUAGAACCAUCUUUUCUGCUGUAUUCUCCUCUUCUUCCCACUCAGUACUCCUCUGGAAACAUCUUCUCAGCAACUCUGGAGACAGAACUCCACUAUCCAUACUACAGCAACCACUUAAUCACAUGUACAUUCAACCUAUUACAUAAAUAUGGGUUGCAACAUGCUUGGGGGCUCAUUUUGUACAUUUUGCUAUUUACCCACGGGAUCGCUCAGGUGAUGUGAUCAUGGAAGCCCUUAUUUUGUCUUCCACUUCCAAAAAAAUGCAUCUCAAUUAGGGUUGCAGCGGUACAGCAGUUUUAUGAUAUACUAUGGUAUGAAAAUUGAUGUUUAUCCUACCAUGCAUAAUUGAGGGUACAGGCAGGAUCAGUCUGGUUGCGCUGUUGUGCACCUACAAUUAACUUAACAAGUAUUUUGAUAAUCGUUUAUAACAUUGUGAAGGCACAUCUCACAAGUUGAUUAAUGGAGAAAAACUCAGCAGUUUAAUCCCUAAUGAAAAUAAUCAAUAGUUGCACUUGGAUACAAAGUAGUGCAGAAGAGCUGCACCUCAACCAACUACAACAUUAAAGCCCACUUUAACAUCAAUGUAUGAGUGAUAUGCUAUUAAUUUAAUGAUAUAAUAUAUAACAGUAUAUGAUAUAUAGUAAAGCAUUUUUCUACAAUGAGUGGCCUACUUAUACUUUUAAUACCUUAAGUACAUUUUCAUGAUACGUUAACUUAACAUUUUCAGUGCUGGACUUUUUCUUGUUACAGAGUAGGGUACUUUUACAGUGUGAUAUUAAUAUUUUUACUUAAGUAAAGGCAGUUCAUACUUCCUCUACUACUGGUGCUAAGAUGCAAAUUAACAUGCUUUAGUUGCAUGCUUUUUUAAAAAUCAUGUUUAUAAUUAUGUUUAUCUGUAGGGUCAAUCUAGAGCUACAGUGCAGCUCAAUCAACUCUCACAGUCACUUGCAAUUAAAAAACAUCCUUUUGUUUUCAUUCUUUUGAGGGUCAUUGUAGCUGAUAAUAAUAAUAAUCAUAAUAAUUGUUUAAUACCAUAUACUGUAAUAGCAAGAAAAUCUCAUACCGCUGCAACCCUAAUCUCAAUAAGCAUAGUUAGUUGAGUAUGAAGUUGCACAUUAGGAAAAAUGCUCUCACAUGGAAAACCCUUUAGUGGGUUCCUAAUUUUGACUUUUUCUUUUUGCAAUUCACAUUCCUAGUGUUUCCACAUUUUGCCACCUACACAUUGCCCUUCAAAGAAUGGUAGCCAGCGUUUCUAACACUGCACGCCACAGUCACCUGCUCAGCCUUCGAAAUGCAUUCUCUGUGGGUGGUCCCUGGACACGGUGGUUUGAUUUGCAUAUGUGCAUGUUUUGCUGCAGCUUCCCAAAUACAGCAGGAACCUUGUGCAUUAGAUCCUGACUGCCUGUGUAACUACGUAACAUGUCCUCAGAAUGUUUUUAUCUGCAUGUUUUAACAAUGCUUAUUACUUUAUUUCCUCUUGCACCCAAGACAUGAAAGUAGUCAUUUGAAAUGUGUUGACAGCUGAAGGAAAAGGUUGGAGGCAAAGAUGUGCAGAGUUCCCAGAGUUUACUGCCAGAUGGCUCCAAACAUGCCUCUGCAUCCUAACUUGAUUUUGAGUCCAUAUCAUAGAUAUGCACAGGCAUAUCUAUGAUAUAGACUAAAGCAGCCUGAUACAGAGGUGUAAAAUGCACUGUGACUCUGAUGACAUAAGAGUCUCUUGCAUUAAAUGUGCAGAUAUAUUUAUUAUAUUUGUUACAAGGUCAGGCUUCAUACUUUGAGUUGGCACGGUUCCCUGUGGACUUGGAAAGGGUUGUGGGGGCAGCUGUGGCUCAGGAGGUAGAACGGGUCAUUUCCUAACUGGCGGAUUAGCGGUUUGAUUCCUGG